AUGGCUGUAGAAUCCGAGAAGUUCCUUCACCUUUCGAGGCCUAUCGUGCCUGCGACGGCGAGCCUCCAGGGCAACAUUGCCCCGCUCAACGUCAAUAUCCAGCCUCAGGGCCUCGCCCGCUCCAUCGACCAGUCCACGGGCCUCAUCGACCGCGUCAGCGAGUGGGUCGGCGGCAUCCUCGACGAGGACGAGGAGCCCAACCACGCCAUCGGCCAGUACCUCAUGAACGCCCUCUCCCUCGCCCCCAAGGUCGACCCCGAGCAGAUGGAGUCCGACUUCAACAACCACAUCCAGGACGUCCUCAUGGUCUCCUACCUCGCCAACACCAUCCGCAACCAGAUCGACCUCUCGCAACGUCUGGCGACGGCCACCCUCAACAUGGGCGAGAAGGACGGCGAGAACAAGGCUGCCGACGGCGAGAAGGGCGGCGAUUCGCGCGGCGGUCGCGGCGGCAAGAGGGGCGGUCGCGGCGGCGGCCGUGGCGGCAACCACAACCGGGAGCCACGGGAGCCCCGAGAGCCCAGGGAGCCUAGGGAACCUACCGAGUGA